AUUAAAACAAAGUGUAGUACAACCUUCUAAUCUCUACCUACAGAUGAGACAAACUAGAAACAUUUAUAAAAUUAAAUCAUUUAAUAAUAAAGUCUUCAAUAAUUCACUUAACUAAUAACAAAAUAAAAUAACAUCACAUCAUCACAAAUAUAUAUAUUUAUCGAUUGUACCAGUUACCAAACAUCUCCUCUCUCAUGAGCUAUGGCCGGAGAAGAAGACCCUAAAGCAACUCCGUCAUUACCGGACUAUAAACCUUUACCUUCAACAUCAAGUCACGAUCCAAACGACACCGUUCUGAUCUCAUCAUCAUAUCUUUCUUCUACCUCACGACGCCGUUUCGUCAUCUCUGUAUUUCUCAUCUCUUUCGCCUCGAUCCUCAUCUACAUCUUCUGGCCGUCCGAUCCACGCAUCAAGAUCGAACGCGUCAAAAUCUCCCACGUGCGUGUUCACCGCCGUCCGGUUCCGUCUAUAGACAUGACGGUGCUCGUCACGCUUAAGGUAUCCAACGCUGACGUGUACUCUUUCGACUUCACGGACCUUGACGUCGCCGUUGACUACAGAGGGAAGACGUUAGGUCACGUGAGCUCCGAUGGCGGGCACGUGACGGCUUUUGGUACUUCUUACCUUGACGCGGAGGCGGAGCUUGACGGCGUCACGGUGUUUCCUGACGUUAUUCACUUGAUUCACGAUUUGGCUAAAGGCUUCGUUGAGUUUGACACCGUUACAGAGACUAACGGAAAACUUGGCGUUUGGUUCUUCCGUUUCCCUUUAAAGGCAAAAGUGGCAUGUGGGAUUGAAGUAAAUACAGUUAAUCAGACAAUAUCUCGUCAAAGUUGUAGUCCUGUCUAAUUCAAGAGACAUCAUCAUUAUGAUAUUCUUUUUGUAUUCAGAAUUUCAGAUCUUUUUUUUUUAAUGUAAUUUUGUAAUGCUAAUAGAGAUUAGUCAA